AUGAAAGCAACUCGAACGCGCCGGCAGAAGCGCGGGGUGACGUGGAGUGAUGAAGACCGUGGUGAUGGCGAUGGCAAUGAAGACGGUGAUGACACGUCAGGCGCCACUCGGGGUGGUGUGUCCACAGGGCAAGGGUUGAGUGCCCCUCACCCACACGAGCUGCACUCCCGGCUCAUCUCGCCGCCACCGCCGCAGUCAACGUCGCCAGCGCGCCUGCGGUCGUGCUCGACGCUGCCUGCCCACGUGGAUGGCUCGCUUGCACGCGGCUCGCCACUUCGUCUGAGCACCGUCGAUGUUGCCAUCACCCACGCCAGCCGCGCCGGCAAGUAUGCCAUGCGCAUCCGCCCACACGACAUUCUUGAGCUCCUGGACGAGAAUCACGAGGAAUUCGUCGAGGUUGAGUCUCUGGAGACGCUGCGUCGUGGAUAUGUGUCACCGCGGGCCCUUGAGCCGCUUCGUGCUGGUUCCCGUACCAUCCCCUCAAACCUCGCUGUGGCACGGACAACGGCGCUCACAGAGGCCCUCACCGCUGCAGCUCACGACGCCAAGGACCCCGUGUUUGUCAUUAUCGACGACUUUCAUGCACUCGGCGAAGAUGCCACGCUGGAUGACGUCAUUCCGCCAGCGGUGCCAGACAAUGUGGUGUUUAUUGUGACGUCGCGAACCCCUGUGAAGCAAGAAGACCCUGCGCAACUCACGCAUGCAAUCACGUCAGCGACCAAGCAGGCCAGGGCACGGGCUGGCGAGUACAACUGGCACCCGGUGCGCGUGGCGCACUGCUACACGGCUGCAGCCGGUGACGAUGAUGGUAAUGGGGAUGGUGAGGCUACGGCGAUGCCUGCAAGCUCACAGACCAGCGUGUGGGACGUUGUGGGCCCAUCAGCAAUCGCACCCGUCCCGCAGCCAGCACCAUCACUACCGUCCACCACCGCCUCCACCACGAGCACCACGCCUGCCACGUCGGCCUCGUCUUCAUCAACAACGUCGCCGUCAGCGUCAUCGACAUCAAUUGGCUGGUUGGCAUUUGUGUCUGCAUUGGCGCGGCAGAAUGCGGUGGUGCAGCGUGGAGCCCUGAGCGAGGAUGAUGUGAGACGGCUGCAGGCGCUGUGUCGCCAGACGGAAGCACCGUACCUUGCUGUGCUGGUGGCCAACGAGGCCCUCGCCUUCUCCACAGACGGCCACGUCCUGAACGUGCUGCGGCAGGCAAGCGACGGUGGUGCCGCUGAUGAUGGUGGUGGUAACGAUGAUGGCAGUGACGCUGGUGACGCUUGUGGCGGCAGUGGAGGCGUAACCAUGGACUGUGAGCAGUUCUGUGAUGAAGUGCUGACGUGUAUCCUUGAUCGCCUUGACGGCACACGCGAGGAGGACGAGGAGGACGAGGAGGACGAGGAGGACGAGGAGGACGAGGAGGACGAGGAGGACGAGGAGGAAGGGGAUGGGGAGGGUGGUGGCGAUGAUGGUGAUGACGGUGAGGGUGAGGGGGGUGGCACGGGUAACGGAGGUGGGGAUGCGAGCACCACCCGGACGGAUGCAGCUGGUGUCGGGCAGCGUGGAACACUGGAGGAUUUCACCGCUGACGAUGACAGCGCCAUCUUCGACCAUCUUGAGGACUACCACCCCGUGCGCUUGUACCUCCAGUUUGUUGCUGCCAGCGAAGGCAAUCUGACUGUGCUUGACCUUCAGCGGCUGAUGCCGGCCGCAGCGGACAUGCCCUCUGCGUUUUGGUACAACCUGGCUGCGUUUGAGUGCCGCCACCUUGUGUUGACGGACGGGCUGUGCCCGCGGUUCCGGCAUCCGGGAAUGCGGGAAGUGGUGAUGCGGCGCUACGACACACACGCGCACGAGUGGGCGCGCAUUCGCGUGGCCAUCCUGCUGCGUCUCAUCCCGCAACUCGCAGAGCAGCGGCCGCAGAGGACUGCGUUUGAGGUUGUGGCGCAGCUGAACGUCCUUGAUGCUGUUGGUCUUCCCCUCCCGCUCUGCGUGCACCAGGCGCUCGAUCGAAUCCUGGGCAUGUGCUCGCGGGAGCAGCGCAAUGCUGUGACAGCACUGUUGGAGACGUCGCCUGCGUGGCGCGGGAUUGUCGAGAAGCAGCAGAGCUUCAUCGACAAAGCUACGAGAAACCGUCGUCAUCGGUCGCGCGUGCACAGAGGACGCAAUCGCGUGCAGUUCAACGUCUGA